UUCCUGGUGGGGGCACUGCAGCUCCUGCCCCCGGCCAAGCUGGGCCCGCACUACCUCCGCAAGAUGGCCGCUUACGCCCGGGCGCGGGCUGCCGAGGGUUGCUACCCGCGCCUCACCUGGCCCAUGUGGCGCCACAUCGCCUGCGGAAAGCUGCAGCUGGCCAGGGACUUGGCUUGGCUCUACUUCGAGGUCUUCGACAGCCUGGCGGAGCGGACGGCAGAGGAGCGGCUGGAGCGGGGCCGUAGGGUUAGCACCUUAGGCCGCCUACGCCCAGCCAUUGGGUCCGAAACGUUGCACAGUCCCAUCCCAGCAGCCUUUUUCUCACGCUCCCCGGGGCAGCGAUUGUUUUGCUGUCUGUGUAUGCAGGUCACGCUACCAUUCACGUGGUUAGCUUUCUGCUUGACUGGGGUUAAUACCAGCCCUGCCCUUCAGAGCUGCAAUGCUACCUUGCCUUUUCAAGUGGAGAUCAAAUGCUGUUCAGCAGAAUUGCGUACGCUGUCGAUAGACACUCUGCAGUUCCUGCUGUUCUUGUACAUUCAGCAGCUAAACAAGAUUUCCUUGCGGACAUCUCUGAUUGGAGAAGAGUGGCCAAGUCCCAGGGCCAAAUCUCAGUCUGCCAACCUGACUGGAAAAUCCACCUGUGAAAACAAGAACUGGGACGAUUACACCCACCAAGCGUUUGUGCAGAACCACCUGUUGGAUCUGCUGGAACUGCUACUGGAUCCGGACCAGCUCACGGCCUCUUCCCAUUCCACUCACAGUAGUCUGGUGUCUCUGGAAGCUGUUCGAGCUCUCAGCUUUCUUAUUGAAGGGACUGUCAACAAAACCAGGACUGUUCAUCCUCUCCAUGAGCUUGCUCUCUGGCAGCCCUUGCAUGCGAAGAACGGCUAUUCAAAGAUCACCAGAACCUUCUCGUUUCCCAAGCUAGAGGCCUGGCUUAGGGCCUGCCUGACUGGAAGCCCGUUUGGGACAUCUGCCUGCCUCAAGUCUGGGAAGAAACUUGCAUGGGCGCAGCAAGUUGAAGGAACAACCAAGAGAGCAAAGAUUGCCUGCAAUGCUCAUAUGGUCCCGGAGGUUCACCGCAUGGUAGUGAUGAGCCAGGUCUAUAAGCAGACGCUGGCCAAGAGCUCAGAUACCCUGGUGGGUGCUCAUGUGAAGAUCCAUCGCUGCAAUGAGUCCUUCAUAUAUCUGCUGUCCCCUUUACGCUCUGUGACCAUUGAGAAGUGCAGGAAUAGCACUUUUGUCCUGGGUCCUGUGCAGACAGCCAUUCACCUCCACAGCUGUGAUAAUGUCCAAGUCAUUGGCAUCUGCCACCGCCUAUCUCUCUCUUCUACAACAGGCUGCACCUUCAACAUACUCACGCCUACGCACCCUCUGAUUCUCUUGGGUAACCAAGCAGUAACGUUUGCCCCUUACCACACCCAUUACCCAAUGCUUGAGGACCACAUGGCCCGGACAGGCCUGGCCACGGUGCCUAACUACUGGGACAGUCCAAUGCUGGUGUGCAAAGAGAACAGCGAUGCAAGUGUCUUCCGACUUUUACCGCCCACAGAGUUUUACACCUUUGUUAUUCCUUUCGAGAUGGAAGGAGACACAACAGAAACACCCGGAGGGCUGCCGCUUGCAUACCAGAAGGCACUGAGCCAACGAGAACAGAAGAUACAGGUCUGGCAGAAAACUGUGAAGGAGGCAGGGCUGACUAAGGAUCAGCGGAAGCAGUUCCAGGUGCUGGUGGAGAACAAGUUCUAUGAAUGGCUAAUUCAUACAGGCCAUCGGCAGCAGCUGGACAGCCUCGUGCCUCCUGUAGCUGGCGCCAAGCAAGCAGCAGGCUAGGAUGCCCUCCUUUAACCGAAGGAAAGGAAGGCGCUGUGAAGACAGAGGGUGACACGCUGGUUCCCAGUGAAUGCUUCGGUCUGUGCCAGUUGGACACUUCUGUGGAAUUGGCUUAUCUGGACCUUGAGCAGCAACAGGAGCUGGACUUGUUUUUCUUUUAAAGCUGUUCAGGACAUCACUGCAUCGCCUUGCACCUUCUCAGUUCGUGUCCUUUGAAUCCCAGCUGGCGUCAGGAGGAAACCACGGGAAGGACUGCCUAGGAAGGGAAGGUAGUGCAAGGCAGGCUUACACCUUGCGGUCAGCCUGGUCAGCAGGAGGCUGAGUGCCAAGUCAAACUUCUGGGCAUGUAGCCUGCAAUGGUGUAGGACCCUGGCUGGCGUGUGCACCUCUGUGUGGAGAGCUUGUUAUUCCUGGUUGUAAGUGACAACCAGGGCGUGGUGGGUUUUGUUUGGUUUUCCCACCACUGUGUCGGAUGGAGAGGGCUUUAGCACUUACAGAAUGAAGUUUCAUGGCGUUGCCUGGG